AUGCAUUCCCUCCGCUUUAUGGGCCGAAGAUGCCUGGGUAUGGGGCUAAUCAAGCUGCUUCUAUCUCUUUUUGCGCGGUUUCCUGUUGCUGCUGGAAUACCGGUUAUUUCUCCCCUUCUGAAUGCUAAGGAUGGCGAGCCAUCUGAUGAGCCCAGUUUCUGGCUCUACCUUGGGGUUGCCACGGCAUUGGUGGUUACGGGUGGCGCUUUCGCGGGACUAACGAUCGCCCUGAUGGGCCAGGAUGAAAUUUACCUGCAAGUGAUUAAGACGUCUGGCGAAGGACCCGAAAAGCGACAUGCCGAAAAAGUGCUGAAUUUAUUGAAAAAGGGAAAACAUUGGGUACUCGUUACUUUGUUGUUGAGCAAUGUCAUUACCAACGAGACUCUUCCUAUCGUCCUCGAUCGAUCGCUUGGAGGUGGAUGGCCUGCGGUUUUGGGCAGUACAGCAUUGAUUGUUGUUUUUGGUGAAGUAGUCCCGCAGUCCAUAUGCGUCCGCUACGGAUUGCCUAUUGGCGCCUGGAUGUCCCCUUGUGUGUUAGCCCUGAUGUACAUCAUGUCGCCUGUCGCCUGGCCAAUCGCAAAACUACUUGAUAGAUUACUUGGUGCGGACCAUCGAACGCUGUAUAAGAAAGCCGGUUUAAAGACGCUUGUCACGUUGCAUAAAACUCUAGGAAGCGCUGGAGAGCAAUUGAAUUCUGACGAGGUCACUAUCAUAAGUGCUGUCCUUGAUUUGAAGGAAAAGGCUGUUGGUAGCAUUAUGAUUCCAAUGGAAGAUGUCUUUACAAUGUCGACUGAUACCGUGCUGGACGAGCAAAUGAUGGAUCUUAUUUUAUCCCAGGGAUACUCGCGAAUUCCAAUCCACUCGCCAGAUAACCCGCAGAAUUUUGUCGGCAUGCUGUUGGUAAAGAUGCUUAUCACGUAUGAUCCAGAAGAUGGAAAACAAGUCCGGGAUUUUGCUCUUGCCACGCUUCCAGAAACGCGAGCUGAGACGAGCUGUUUGGACAUUGUCAACUUUUUUCAAGAAGGGAAGUCUCACAUGGUGUUAGUAUCAGAAUUUCCUGGGGAAGAUCAUGGGGCUUUGGGCGUGGUAACAUUGGAAGACGUUAUUGAGGAACUCAUUGGGGAGGAAAUCAUUGAUGAAUCGGACGUGUUCAUCGACGUCCACAAAGCUAUUCGUCGCAUGGCGCCCGCACCUAAAGCUCGUGUUCCAAAAGGCCGAAUUGUGACGGAUCCGUUUGAUGAAUUAACUGCACAGCAAAAAGCGGACGUUGAAGGACUGAUCGACAAGCAGAAAAACGCGGAGUCCAGCUCAGCAAAGACAGGAGACUUGCAAAGCUCGCAGCAGAAGAGUUCGGUUCCCGAUGUUGGUUCUCCGCCACCUCCAAUCUUCAAGCUUCGAAGGGCACCUACUCAAGACGCGACAGAGCGGGCUGAAGCUAUUAUACAACGUGGUGCCACACCAGAAAUUCGCGAGCAUCUUAAGCAUCUGGGCCCUUCGAAUCUUGCCAGCCGACCCCGCCAAACCCGAUACAACAAUGUGAAGAUCAAACCUGGCACUACAUCGUCUCCCUUAGUACAGACUGAAACGGAAUCGAGAGUGGAAACUCCAGAUGUCCAUCCAACGUCAGAAUCAACUAGUCUUCUUGGGGCCACCGCAUCCAGCAGUGGAGUUCGAUCUGCAGGUAAAACUGCAAGCGAUGGAGUCCAGGCAUUGAGGGCUUAUGGAACUGCUGGCGACCACACCUCCCAACGCGGACCUGCCAGUCAUAGCCACGACAGUCAACGCAACCUCCUGUAUCGAAAGGCCAAAGGUCCUAGUGGCCAGCAUAGCGACGUGAUCUAUUCGGACCAUUCGCGCUCUACGAGUGGCAAUUCCAGCCCGAAACUUCCCUACCUUCCUCGCGGCCCUGUACGCAGUGGCAGCAUUACGGAGCAGAUCGUCGAUAGCAACGGCAUCCGCAAGGUCAUUUUGCAAACGUCAGACAGCCGCUCGGGUGUAUCUGACGGCGAGAGGAAGAAAGACAGAAAUGGCUCUUCGUCCGGUGCGGAGUUUUCGAGCAGCACAAUACCUGGAAAGGCAUUAAAAAAUUCUAGCGCCGUGGAAAUCGACGACGCUGAGAACGACCCCGAGGAAACGAGCCACACCCACGCCUCGGCGAAACAAGACAAGAAGAAGAAGCGGCGGAAGAAGCGAAAGCCAGCGACGACCCACGAGUCGGGAGACGUGGCAGAUGAUGAAGGGCAGCCCUUAUUGGGAUGA